AUGUCGGCGGCGGGUGUGCAACGGGAAGGCACGGUGCUGCCGACGGUGAAGUUGUCGGAGCUGACGUCGCGCGACGACAUCGAUGACGAUCUCACGGACACUAUCCUCGUGCUGAGGCAGACUGAGUCGCCAUCCGAUGCAUCCUCGGAGGACAUCGUGAUCAACGUGCACAGCGGCGUGUUGCGAGUGGCGUCGCCGUUCUUCAUGCGCGCGUUCAACGAUAUCCAGAGCACCGAGAGGAUACGCCAGGACCUCGGCGGAGUGUGCCAGGGAAGGAUUAAGUACACGCUGGUCACCCCUCACCCGCUGGCGGUACAGAGGAUACUGUACUACAUUUACAAGAAUGACUACCAGAACGUGACCGAGGAGCCUCAGCUGCUGGUGCCCAUGUACCAGGAGUCCGCGCGCUUCGGCCUGGCCGACCUGAAGCAGAGCUUGCUGAGGAUCAUCCGGAGCCAGCAGAGCCUCCAGGUCCUUGCGAGCCUGUCUUACGCGGCCGAGAGCUCCGGGGAGGUAGAGCUGGCACGCGACUGCGGAAGGGUGUUGGCGGACGCCGCAUUCGCCGUCUUCUCGGGGGGCCUGCUCCAGCGCAUGGGAAUGGCCGCCAUCAAGGCACUGCUGGAGAGCGACAACUUGCAGCUGGACGAGGUGCAGACAUUCACCGCGUUGUGCCAGUUCCUCGAGUCGAACGCGCGGUUUGUGAGCCCGUACGCGUCGGCACCGAUAGGCCCGAAGGAGAAGGCUAUCGACCAGCUGAGGCACGACAACCUCAGUUCGCUGCUGCUCGACGCCGCGCUCCGCAUCCUCCAGGGCGCCACCAAGAAGCCGCGCCACUUCCCGUGGACAGACAACGCCGAUUACACGUGCAUGACCUACAAAGGGCUCUUUCCGGUGCUGGUGGUCCGCGCGUCGAGGGAGCAGCUGGGCCUCUUCGACCCCAACACGGGCAACGCCAAGCUAGUUACGCCGAACAUCACCAAGCUCCAGUCAGAUCCUCGAUCCGGCCUCUCGUUCACCGUCGGCACCGAGCGCGAGAUGAGCGUCUGCUGCUGGGCGUACGAGGUCUCCAAAACCAAGAGUGGCAACAUCGCAUUCGGAAUCGCAUUCGCGUCGCAGGACCCUAUAGACGACGAGUCACGCACGUGCUUCGUGUCGAUGACCAGGUCCAGGAGGGUGGUGUUCUACUACGAGUUCGCCGAGGACACCUUCAAAUCCGGGUACAUCGAGCCAGGUGCCAACAGGCAAAUCAAGGCGGAGUGGACAUACGAGUCCAAGCCCGGGCAGUACCCGCACAAUCUGAAGCAACGAGACAUCGUGACCGUGAACGUCGUCGUGGCCACCAGCUGUGUCGCGUUCUCAGUAGGCGUCCUCGGCACGUCCUUGAAGCGCUCUUUCCAGAUCCCGCACCGCACCAGUGGCGUCUUGGGGAGUGUGAUGAGGAAGCCAUGCAUCGUAGGCGCGCCGUUCUUCAUGCUCCACGACAUGGGCGACUCCCUCUGCAUCCCGGAGCUGCGAGCCGACUUCACGGUCUAG